GAGGACUUUGGAAAGCGGACCUGCGAACUAAUCGCAAGUCUUCGGAUCCCUCCUCAGAUCGAAGGCAGUGCAGGGCUGCUGGCACAGCAUCGCGCUGCCUUGGUCCGUUUGGGGGGAGACACGAUCUUCAUGGACUUCUCUGAAGGCGGCGGUUAUUCGAAUCUGUUUCGGUGUGGUGGUCGGGAUCCAUAUCGAAGUUUUUGUUACGGCAACCAACCUACACCAAUCAAGGGAAGAUGAUCUUCAUUUUCUUAGGCGCCAUUUUCUUAGGCGUCGGAAAAGAAGCGUCGAAGGUGGAUGCGACUGCGGUACUAGCUCUAAUUUUGGAGUAAGAUCGGAGCAAUGUUGUUCUCCACAAGGUGUGUGCCAAGUGACG